UGACGCGCGGCUGGCUGCUGUUGCUGUGAACCACAGGGAUGUCAGACACGCGCCGCGCACGCAAGGAGAGAACAGACAGACAGUCUCUUGCCAACAUAACAAAAACAGGACACCUCCUCUCCGAUCUGAUCCACUGCCUGUGAGGAAAAGGAGGCGAAUUGCGGGUACUAUGUGCCCGCGUUGUGGGUGCGUGCGUGCGGCUCUUAGUGCGCGACGAUGGAAAGGCAGCGCGUGCAGAUUCUGCGGCAACUGUGAACGCGGAAUAACGGGAUUGGGAAACUCAGCGAGACAUGGAAAAGCACGCUGAUUAUUGAGCAAAUAAUCAACUAGACAAUCAUUUGCAGACGUAUCCAAUCUUUGAUCGAAAUAUCACAGUGGAUAGGAAGGCAAGCUUAAAACAUUUUAAUGCGAAUCCAGACUCGUUGGGUUCGGUGCAAGUGAUUCUGCAGACUCUGUCGGUGGUCAGUUUCAGAUCUGCCGGAAAGACACCAGGAACUGAGCUAUAUCUGCACUGAAUGAACUCUGUGUGCUGGCGGUGUACAAUGUUGUCACAAUAACAUCAGCCUGACUCCGCUCUGACUGUGGCAGGUGGAAGACCGGAGGGUCAGGCUGGGAGUAGGGGCUGAGUCAGGAGUGAAUCAGCACGAGUUUGAUUGACAGACAGCUCAGUGGGAAACAAGGCCUCGAGAGAGAGAGAGCACGAGUCCGAUAACAGGAGUGAAAGCAUCGCCACGGCAAUAUCAUCUUUCAGUCCUUACUGCCACUCGUCUUUCACAACAUGGCCUCUACAGUGGCACUAUUUUCCUCUAAUUCUGCCUCUUUGGGGAUGUAGCAAGACCCUGGAUAUUGGACACAUGGACGCAUUCCUGUAGAACGCUUCAGAAAGUGUCUUCAGACUUCAAGACAUCGAUUUUAAGGUGUUCACUAUCAACUUUAAAGCAAACUGUACAACUACUGUUUCCAGGAUAGGAAAUCCUUUUGAGAGUUUCAAAGAGGCUGACAAGGUUCAAGGAACAUUUUGGGAAGUUGUUGAAUCUUAUUUUAUAUGUUUCUGUGUAACAUCGAAGGCCAGUGCUUGUGGCUCAAGAGCCCAUCAUGGCCAGACCUCUGUUAAGGAUCCAUCGCUAUUUCCGGCGUAAACCGGUUCGCUUUUUCUCCUUCAUCCUCCUCUACCUCACCGCUGGCAGCCUUGUUUUCCUCCACUCUGGCUUGUCCAGCGAUAGCUCCACCACUGCCAGUUCUGGGAGUGGCCGUGGCCCACUUAUAUCUGAAGGUGGGGGCGGCACAGGUGGUGGGAGCUCUACCUCUGAAGGUUUGGGACUCUUAGGAAGAAUGUUUAAAGAGACACGGAGAGCCCCCCAGAGAUUUGGACCACCGUGGAUGAAGGAAAAUGGGGCACAGGAUGCACCAGAGUGGGCAGGCAGAGGAGGAGAUCAUACCAACAGCUGGAGCCAUGGAGCCAAAGGAAGAACCACCAAAGAGAUAGAUGAUGGGAGAGCAAAGUACGUCGGCUGCUAUGUUGAUGACACACAGAAGCGGGCUCUUAGAGGAGUGUCCUUCUUUGACUACAAAAAAAUGACUGUCUUCCGUUGCCAGGACAACUGUGCCGAAAGGGGUUAUCUCUAUGCUGGUCUGGAGUUCGGAGCAGAGUGCUAUUGUGGCCACAAGAUCCAGGCACCCAAUGUGUCAGAGAGUGACUGCAAUAUGGAGUGUAAAGGGGAGAAGAGGAACCUCUGUGGAGGACCUAAUCGACUCUCCAUAUACAGACUAGAGCUGAGUCAGGAGUCUGCUCGCCGAUAUGGGAGUGCCAUCUUUAAGGGAUGUUUCAAGAGGCCGGAGAAUGUGACCCUGGCACUUCCAGUUUGUGCCGUCAUUCAAAACAUGUCAGUGGACAAGUGUGUAGACAUGUGCACAGAGAAAGAAUAUUCUCUGGCAGCGUUGGCUGGGGAAAAAUGUCACUGUGGAUUUCCCACUCCUCUGUUUACCCUACACGAGCACGAGGACGAGGAAAUGUGUCUGCAGCGAUGCGCAGGAGAAGACUUUGAGAGCUGUGGGAAUAGUGACUUCUUUGUAGUGUACCAGACACAAGUGCAGGAUAAUCGCUGCAUGGACCGGCGCUUUUUACCCACUCGCACCAAGAAGCUAAUGGCACUGGCUAGUUUCCCAGGUGCUGGGAAUACCUGGGCCCGUCACCUUAUUGAACUGGCCACUGGCUACUACACUGGGAGCUACUACUUUGAUGGCUCACUGUACAGCAAAGGUUUUAAAGGGGAGAGAGAUCACUGGCGCAGUGGUAGAACUAUAUGUAUCAAGACUCAUGAGAGUGGCAGGAAAGAGAUUGAGGCCUUUGACGGCAGCAUCCUCAUGAUGCGGAACCCUUACAAAGCCCUCAUGGCUGAAUUUAACCGAAAGUACGGCGGCCAUAUUGGAUUCGCCUCCCAAGCUCACUGGAGGGGGAAAGAGUGGCCAGAGUUUGUGAAGAACUACGCUCCAUGGUGGGCAUCCCACACACUAGACUGGCUAAAACAUGGGAAGAAAAUUCACGUGGUGCACUUUGAGGAGUUAAAGCGGGACCUUUUCACUCAGUUAAAGGGCAUGGUUAUCUUUUUGGGCCUGGAGGUCUCAGAGGAACGUCUACUGUGUGUGGAAGGACAAAAAGAUGGGAACUUCAAACGUUCUGGGCUGAGAAAGCUGGAAUAUGACCCUUACACGCCUGAAAUGCGUGCCACCAUUGAUGGGCUCAUUAAGACUGUAGACGCAGCACUCAAAAAGAGAAAACUGUCUGGUGUACCUGAGGAGUACAGGCCGAGAUGAUACUCAUCUUUUACACUUCACAGCAGACACACACACUUUCAGCUUUGAGUAUUUUUUUUUUAUAUUAUCUUUUUUCCCCUUUUUAGAAUUUUAAACUGUAUGUUUAUUGUUGUUCCCCAUGUUUGUGUACAGUUUUAAAGAAAUAGCACACAGAAAAUGAAAAGUCAUUAUUUACUCACGCUCAUGGCACACAAUGUUGUCAUAUGUCUUCAGAAGACUUGGAAUAUAGUGCACGAGCUAGAAAGCUCCAGUACACAUCCAUUGUAAUUUCAUAGAAAAGAGCCACCAGUACAUUAUUCAGAACUGCUUCUUUUGUGUUUCACAGAAGAAAGAAAGUCAUACAGGUUUGGUGCAAGAUGAGGGUGAGGACUGUAAAUGAUGACAGAAUUUUCAUUUAUGGGUGAAAUAAUCAUUUUUUCAUAAUUUCAAUUUUUAUUUUUUUUUAUAAUUAGAAUUUCUUUUAUAAUUUUAUGUAUUCCACAAAAGAACACUGAAAUAUAACUGGUGUCGUCACCUCCAAACAAAGAAAGACAAUCAUCAAUGAUCUUAAGAUCAUUACAAGAAAUGGGCUGAUACAACAAUUCGGCUUUUGUUCAUUUGGCAUUAAAUUAAAUAACCAUCGGGCCGUCUUCCUUAAAGGGAUAGAUCACCCAAAAAUGAAAAAUUCUGUCAUCGUUUAUUCAACCUUGUGUUGUUCCUAACCUGUAUGUUUUACUUUCUUCCAUGGAACACAAAAGCUGGAAUGUUAAGGACUGACAACCUCAGUCACCUUUCACUUUCAUUGCAUCUUUUUUCCACACAAUGAGAGUAAAUGGUGACUAAGGAUGUUAUUCCAACAUUAUCGCACAGGGUCUGGAACAACAUUAAGAUUAGGAAAUGAUGACAACAUUUUCGGGGGAACUAUCCCUUUAACUCAGUAUCACAAAUUAAGUUUUUCAUCCCAGGCAAUGAUUAUUUAUGCUGUCUAUGAAGGCUUAUAUUCUAUAAUAUUAGUUAGACAUUACAGUAGAUGGACACAAGUGUUUCCCCUGCACACAUCACACCGGCCUUUUCAGCCACCUCUAAAGACAAUGAUCCCUUAAACACUUUAGUCACAUUUGGAUUAUAUUGUGAUUUCUUCUGUUUUAAACCUGUACCCCAGUUUCCUGUCCCCACAAAGAUUUGGACAUUGCCUUCAGAUGUUAUGGUGCUUCUUGUAAUUGAUUAAAGAAAUAGCUAAGAACAACAAAAACCUAUGCCACUAGUAUUAGAUAAAUGCAUGGACAACUCAUAAACAUGACAUAUUGUCUGGUACAAGCCUUCAGUGAUUUGCAGCCAAGUUACAAAUAUAAAAUCCUUAUUGCUCUUCUGUUUCUGCUGGAUCUGUUUAGAACACUUCAUUGAAAUUAUUUACUUUUUUAUUUUUAAGUGAGGUUUUGUGAGGUUGAGAGAAUUGUUGCGGUCAAGUAGGACUCGUAUAUCCUCAGGUGCAUAGAGCAAAAAAAAAAAAUGUAUAUCCAAAAUCCACAGCAGAAGCUGUCCGCACACUGAAUGAAAAAUAAAAAUAAAAUAUUGAAAAGUGAAAAAGUGCAAUGUGCAGUGAGUUAAAAACAGACCAGUAAGCAGAUGUUUCAGCCCAUAGCUUUUUCCAGUGCUCAGAAAAUGUAUUUUUAAUAGACCUUCUUGGUCUGUUCUUCAUUCAGUGUGGACAGCAUCUGUUGUGGAUUUCAGAGAGGUUUUAGGACAUUUUGCAGUGGGAAAUAAUAAUAAAGUAACCCAUGUUUAUAAAGAGAAUGGGGGCUUCUUGUAAAUUGCUUGAAAUAGCACAAUGACUGACCCUUUUAGAGUUCCACCCCUUUCUCCAUCACAUGUACAGUUAUCUAUUAAGCAAAAACCAACCGAGUCUCAUGAAAAUCCAUACAUGUUUUACGAGUUGGCUAUUUCAUAUGAUUUCAUACGAGUUUGUUCGUAUAAAUUUGUACGAUUCCAUCACGUGCAAAUGCCCAGAUGUCUAAUGCAGAAGUAGGCGCGAGUUUCGAGGACAAGGCAUUAAGGACAUGCUUAUUAAUAUUAUGUCCUAACCCAAAACCCCUUAUCUAGACCUAUCCGAUCAAUAGAGUGUGUAAACAUGAUAGGAACCUGUUGUGUGUGACAGAAGCAAGUGUCGCGUAUUAGAUGGAAACGAUGUCCAGCGACGUCAUUGGCUGUAGUGAAAGUCGUACAAAUUCAUACGAGUGCAGUCGUACGAUAUCAUACAAUUUAGCCAAAUUUAGAAAAGUCAUAUGAAUCCUUACGAUUUCGCCAUGAGAAUGUGUAGGCAAAAACCCCUUCUCUACCAAUUUGUAUCCCAAUUUAGAUAAUGACAGCAGUUACAGAGCUGCACUGAAAUAAUGUGUACUUUCCAUUUCCCUUGACCUCAUAUAAUUCCUCCCAAAAUAUCAAUAUAUACUGUGAAUCAUGGUGUGGAUGCUAUUGUAAACUUGUUCUCUAGAAAUUGUUCACAAUUGUUCUUUUUGUUUUUAGAGUUUUAAUUGUGAAGAAUUUUUAUUUAUUCAAAACUGCAAGUCAACACUAGAAUCUAUAAAUUAGAAAAUAAUCAAGAAAUUAGGGGUGAAAGCAAGUAUGAAUUAACAUGUGUAAGAGACUCUCAGAGAUUCUAAACAUCAAUCAGUAACUUCCUGCUUGUCAGCUCGAGACCUAACAAAUAACAUUUAAUACAUGUAAAUACACAUAUAUUUUUGCAAUGCUCAAAACGAGAACUACGUGACUUUAAAAGAUAGAAGAGUAUCACCUCUAUUUUUGAAAAGGCUUUCAAAUUUGAUCAUCACAUUCUUUCUGUUUCAAAAAGGAAUAAAACUGAAGUGUCUUUCUGAAUGUAUUUUGUAUGGAAUAAAUGUAAGAAAUUUAUAUCAAAUAAAACAAUUAGAAAGUAAUUGUCAACAGUGCAAAGGAAAUAAAAUGGUUGGAACAAUUUUA